AUGGUUAUAAAGAUUGUUCCAGUGGUGAAGAUGAAUAUCAGAAUAAUACUUGCUUAUUAAAUUAUAGUUUUCGAUUAAAAUGUGAUCAAGGAACACGAUGUAUACAUUCAACUGCUAUAGCAAAUAAAUUCAAAGAUUGUAAUGAUGGAAUGGAUGAAACAUAUUUUAUACGUCGGUUAUGUAAUUGGAUAUAUACAGAUGAAUGUCGUAGUUUUCGAAAUGAAUCUCGUCGAUUUAAUUUUACUUUUGAACAACUUUGUAAUGGUUUUACUGAAAUUUCUUCUGAUUUAGAAGGAAAUACCGAUGAAACAGAUUGUCGUAGUGAUGAAUGGAAUUGUGUUAAUUUUCAUACAAAAUGUGAUAAUAUUUGGAAUUGUCCAAAUGGAGAAGAUGAAUUAGGUUGCGGAAAACCAAAUUUAGCUUCACGUCAUUGUAAUAAAACAACACAUUUUUGUUUGGAUAUUCAAAAUGGUUUACCAAUAUGUUUACCUUUAAAUAAAGCUAAUGAUGGUAUUAUUGAUUGUAUUGGUUCAAUAGAUGAACGAUCUUUUUGUCGUUCAAAAUAUCCAUAUGAUUAUGUUCUUCGAUAUCGAUGUUUAAAUUCUGAUAUAUGUAUUUCACCAUUUCAAAUAUGUGAUUGUCAUCAAGAUUGUCCUUUAAAUGAUGAUGAAACAAUAGCAUGUCGAUGGAUGAAUAAUGGACAAACAUCAUUAUGUCACAAACAUGAUUUUCGAUGUAGAAAUGGAAUAGUAUAUAAUUAUACAAAAGGAAGUUUUCGAUGUGAUGGAUCACUUUUUCAUUGUAAAGAUGGAGAAGAUGAACUUUUUUGUGAUUUAAUUGAAUAUCAUCCUGGUACUCGAGUAAAUUCUUUAGAUAUGAAUAAUUAUCCAUUACAGAAACAAAUUAAACAACAAAGAUCAUAUAUUGAUCAUAUGAUUAUAUGGUAUUGUAAUCGUGGUUUAUAUGUUCGUUCAUUGGAAAGUACAUCUGGAUUCGUUUGUUUAUGUCCAAUUUAUUAUUAUGGUGAUCGAUGUCAAUAUCAACGUAAACGAAUAACUACUAUAUUUCAUAUUGAAUUAACAGGUUCAUUUAAUCGAAAUUUUCCUACAAUGAAAUUUCUUGUUUUAUUAAUACGUGAAAAUGAAAAACGAAUAAUAUUAUCACAUGAACAAUUUCUUUAUACACCACUUGAAUAUUGUUCACCAAAAUAUAUAAUACAUUUAGUUUAUCCCAUAAAUGAUUCAUUAUCUUUAUAUUCAAAUGAUUCAAUUGAAGUUCUUAUGUUUACUAGUUCAAUUGUUGAACAUCAUUCAACAUGGAUAUUUAAAAUUCCAUUUCAUUUUUUACCUGUACAACAUAUAGUUAAACGAUUAUUUAUUUCUAAUAUUGAUACUUUUGAUAAUUCAAUUGAAAGAAUAAUUAAUAAAAAGAAUUCAAGUUCAUGUUCAUUGGAUUCAUUUUAUAUUGGUUAUGAUAUAAAUCUUAAUCGAGAUAUUUGUGUAUGUCCAUUAAAUCGUAUUGGUUCUCGUUGUUUAAUUCCAUUUAAUCCAUGUACGAAUUGGAGUUGUAAUUAUCAUGGACAAUGUUAUCCGAAUGAUGAACGUGCUCAUCCAAAUUCUCAAUUUCGAUGUAUUUGUGAUUUAGAAUGGUAUGGAAAACGAUGCGAAAAUAAAAAAUUUCGCUUUGAUAUUUCAUUUACUGAUUCGAAAAUGAUUUCAUCAUCUACUAUUGCACUUAUUCAUUUAAUUAUCCCAUCAACAUUUCGUGAAGAAACAUAUCUAACAUCGUUCUAUCGUUUCCAUAAAGAAAUAUUAAAUUUAACAUUUUUCCUUGAAUUAACAUUCGAUAGUUCUGAUUCUUCUGGAUUAAUUUCUUUUAUUCAAUUAUUUAAAGAUCUUAAUCAUGGUAGUUAUUAUUUAUUAAAUUUUAUUACACAAGUUAAUGAAUCAUUAAGUGAAAUGAAUGUUAUUGUUGAUCCAAAGAAUAGAUGUCGAUCAGUUGAAGAAUUAUUGAAUAAAACGAUUCUUUCUCAACCCUAUUUACGUCGUGUUAAAUAUUAUCAACAAAUAUGUUUGAAAAAAAAAUUAAUUGAAAAAUUUCAAUGUUUUUAUGAUGAACAAUUAAUGUGUUUAUGUGAUAAAACAAAUCAUGCUUAUUGUUUUAAUAUAAAUUCAACGUAUAGCGGAUGUCCAUGGAAUAAAUGUAGUGAAAGAGGAAUUUGUAUAAAAGAUCAUGAAUUAUGUCCAAAAAAUUCAUUUUGUCUUUGUAAUUCAUGUAGUUAUGGAUCAGUUUGUCAAUUCGCAACUGAAGAUUAUAUGCUUUCUCUUGAUGCUAUUAUUGGAUCUCAUAUAAAACCAAAGAUUACAAAUCUAUAUUAUCAAACAACUACUAUUCAAAUAACUUUUAUAGUUAUAAUUAUUUUAGGUUUUAUUGGAAUAAUCUUAAAUAUAUUAUCAAUUGGAACAUUUAAUAAUCGAACUACACAAGAAGUUGGUUCUGCAUUUUAUUUAUUAACAUCAGCAUUUCUUGGUCUUUUUACAAUUAUUUUAUUAAUGUGUAAAAUGGUUUUAUUAUUAUUUGAUAAACAAAAUAAUUUAAGUUGUUCAUUGAUUGAAUUUUCAUUUAAAUGGUUUUUAACAAGUUGUGAAUGGUUAAAUUCGUGUGUUGCCAUUGAACGAUGUACAGCAUUAUUAUAUAAAACUCAUUUUUCUCGAUCGAAAAGUAAAUAUAUAUCGAAAUGUUUAAUUCCUAGUGUAAUUAUUUUCGUUGGUAUAAUAUCAUUACCAGAAAUAUUCUUUCGUCGAAUGAUAAUUGAUGAAGAAGAUAAACGAAAUUGGUGUGUUUUUACUCUUAAUAAUGAUAGUCGACCAAAGAUUUUUCAAUGUUAUAUUGCAUCAAAUUUAUUUCUAUUCUUCGUACCAAUAAUUAUUAAUUUAGUAAGUAGUAUUAUUAUUAUUCGAGAAACUUUUAAAUUAAAACAAAGAGCAAAAUGGAAUUUUAAUAGAAACAUUAAUCAAGCACAUCAAUGGAGUAUACGAUUGAUUUUUAUUAAAAAACAAAUUAUGAAACACAAACAUAUUCUUUUAGGUCCUCUUCUACUUGCUAUUCUUUCAUUUCCUCGAAUUUUAUUUCUUUUUACAUUUGUAUGUAAAAAACUUGAUCAUCGGCCAUUUUUAAGUUUAUUUGCUUAUUUAAUUGGUUUUAUUCCUUCAAUGACAAUUUUAUUUCUGUUUAUUUUACCUUCAACUGUGUAUCGGUUAGCUUUACGUUCGUUGAUAAAACGAAUUUUUUACAAUCGUAUUCUAAACUAA